AGUUCCAUCAUAAGCUGUUUAAAGAGCAUAUACUAAGCUUUGGUCUUGUUGCAGCUCGACUUCAGCGCGAGGAUCAGAUGGAAGAGAUGCUGGCUGGGAUGCAGUCACACCUUCAGUUCCUAGAGACACAAUACCGAGGAAGGCACGAAGACGUCAUCACGCUACAGGCAAAACUCCUUGCGGAACACGCCAACAGCACUCCAGAGCACGCCUACGAAUUGCCGGCAACGACUAUGACACCAGAAGUCAUGGCUCUGCUCAAAAACAUGUCUGGCACGAGAGCUGCUGCCGGCAUCUACACGAAGAACCUUCAGCAACUGCGGACCCCGUUUGUGUACCAGCUCCUCCCUCACCUCAUGAACGAUCCCUACAGCUUGAAACCAGUUUUCCACAUGAGGGGAGGCAGGACCUACGCCGAUAUUGUGGUUGGAGUACCGACUGUUAAGAGGGAUAAAGAAAGUUACCUCCUUAUCACUCUCAGGCAUUUGGUGGCAGGCCUGAGUGAUAUCGAUGUCAAUACAACCCUUAUUGUUGUCAUGAUUGGAGAGACAGACCUGGAAUACAUCUUACACACGGCAAGACAAAUUGAAAAUAUGUUUCCGAAACAGGUCGAAAUGGGAUUGAUAGAAGUGCUGUCUCCUCCUCCAGCAUACUACCCUGAUUUUGAUGCCCUUCCACUGACCUUAGGGGAUUCGAUGAAGCGCGUGAAAUGGAGGACCAAGCAAAACCUGGAUACCAUCUAUCUGAUGGCCUAUGCUCAGUCGAAGGGCACUUUCUACUUGAUGCUGGAGGACGAUGUCAUCGCGAAAAAUAACUACAUACAGGAAAUAAAACAGUUUACUUCGGCAACCUCCGUGGCUAAUCCUCGCUGGUUUUUCAUCGAGUACUGCCACGUCGGCGGCAUCGGGAAGUUCUUCCGAUCCUCCGAUCUAAUUCACUUCAUCACCUACGUCCAGCUGUUCUAUAACAACAUGCCUAUAGACUGGCUUCUCGAGAGCUACUUGGCUGAUCGCGUCUGCACCAUCGAAAAGACCUCUAAAAUGUGUGCAGAGGCUAAAGAGAAAAUUCGACCAAAAUUCAAAUCGUCGUUAUUUCAACAUAUUGGACUCUACUCGUCGUUGAAAGGAAAAAUUCAAAAAGUCAAGGAUUCUCACUACGGAACUGUGCCAACCUUCUACCCUCAUCUUGCCAACCCCAAAUUGCAGUCGAUCAAGAGUGAUAUCGUCGAGCAUGCCGACCAUUCCCUCAGAAGAGCCUACGAAGGCCAAACAUACUUCUGGGGAGUGAAACCGAAGAAGGGCGAUGCGGUGGAGUUUUGGUUCCACAGGCCUGUCAUCAUCACACAUUACAUCUUCCGCAGUGGGAACGUAGAACACGUAUCCGACAAGUUCUACGACACCACUGUAGAAGCCCUUCCGGGGAAAAGUAAUAGCAACUUCACCCCUGUCGGCAUCUUCGACGAGUUUGGGUUGGCUGAGGGGGACCUCAAAAUGGGUCCGGUGGCAGCGUUCAGGCUGCGUGUCAACUCGGACAGCCGGUUCUGGGUCAUUCUUUGCGAGAUCGACCUCAAGGUGUACCAAGUGCCGGAGAGCAGGUGACAACUAACCAAGACGCCCUGGGACAGGAUACUACGGAACUUCAUUAGAGUACCCCCGCUGUAAACGGUACAACGAGCGCACAUCGCCAAGUAACCUAGUCUGUAGUCAUUCACCUAGACCUAAGAUCAACAUCCAAACCCCUAUAUUUUUACGCCUUAUUAGUUAAAUUCCUGUAAACGUGAAUGUAUAUGCUGAUAACUUAAGGUAAUUGGAGUCGAUGCGUAUAAAUAAUUUUAAAACGAUCGAAAAUAAAGUCAAACGUCUUCCAUAAUCGUGGGUGCGGCCGAAUUUGCUCGCCUGCGAUCGGUAGGUUUUAGUUUAGAUCCCUUUCGCGGAAAUUCUUUUAGUCGUUCAAGAUAUGUAACAUGUUAGAGACAAUCCCGGUCUAUAAGAAAUAACCCUACUGUUUGAUGACACGAAAGAAAUGUAAUAUAAAGAUAGUUGGUCGAAAUUUGUACUGGAAUUAAAUUGAUUGUUUCUCGGAGAAAUUCCUCUACCAUACCAAGAAGUGGAAUAAGACCGGGUUUUCUCUUAACAAAUUUUAUACUUGAAAUAUCGUUAAAUUUCUUUAAUCUCUUAAAGUAAGUUAUUAUGUAAUAUUAUUCGAAUGCCUGAUUAAUUUACUCGACAACUAUGAAGGUUGACUUUAGUUCUUUACUUAAUUUAUAAUUACCGUUUCCAUUCUAUUCUUAAUUUGCAGUAUUUUUCGCAAUCUGCUGAAAUUUCUUUGUAUCACUUGCACCCGUUUCGAUAUUCAUUCAUUUCUUCUCGUCUUCUUCAGUUGUGUCUGACAAUUUACUCCACGCUUCGUAUCAUUCAAAUUGUAUAUAUACCUAUACAUACUUCUAUAGACCUCUGUACAUGUUUCUAUAUAAUCUUUUGGGGAAUAAGCGCUAUAAUAUACAUACCUUGUUACAUAUGACCGAGUUCGGUAUGCAGUUCCUGAAUCGUAAGAGAUGGCAAGAGUCUUUUGACCUGCACAUUAUAUGUGUACAUAAUCUGAAAAUAUUAUACAUCUGUCUUUAUCUAUUUGGUUCCGCAUUCUGUCAUUGUUCCUUGGGAGAACCCAUCGUCAUCGGGUACAAAGAGUUUUAAUCAAAUCUGUUAAAAGUCAACUCUCAAAAUAUACAACUAUAUGACCAACAUUCUUCACUGAGACAAUCAUGUCUCCUUAAACAUCAUCAUAUGGAACAAAAGCUUUGUCACCUCCGAUUUUCGGUUCAACUGCUUCUCCUUCUGCAGUUAGAUCAAUUUCAUCAAUAAGCCUAUCGAAAUAAAGUUUAAUUUCAUCUAACGCAAUAUUCGCUGCAUCUGUCUUAUCUUUCGACACUUCUUCGUGACUACGGACAAUAGACGCAGAUA